AUGGACACGGCUAAUCAGGAACACUUGCGACGGUCCUUUGGCGCAGCAUCUCUUUCUCCACCAGCAGCUUCGCCCGCCCUGCAUACCAAACCCAUGUUUCGCCGGCGCUUUUCCACCACUCUUCUUCUGCUGGGGGCCUGUGUGUGUCUGCUGUUUCUGGCAGCGUCACAGUCCCGUCUGGACCUGGAUGUGCCCUCUUACCAUGGCUACCGAAAGUCCAAAGAGGUGACGGACGAAAAGUUGCAUGUUCACAAAGAGCGUCCUCAGGAGGAGCAUCACGAACAUGUGGAGCAUAAGGAGGAGUCCAAGGAGGAGAUAAAGGAGGAGUCCAAGGAGGAGUCCAAGGAGAAGUCCAAGGAGGAGUCCAAGGAGGAGUCCAAGGAGGAGUCCAAGGAGGAGUCCAAGGAGGAGUCCAAGGAGGAGUCCAAGGAGGAGUCCAAGGAGGAGUCCAAGGAGGAGUCCAAGGAGGAGUCCAAGGAUAAGUCCAAGGAGGAGUCCGAGCCUGUGGCGGUAGAGCCCGAAAAGAAGCCUGAGCAAAGUCCUGAACAGGCGGAGGAGGAAAAGAAAAAGGCCGACGAGCUCAAGGUCCAGGAGGACCGUAAGAAGACCGAGGAAGACAAGAAGGAGGAGGAAAAGCGACUCAGAGAGGAGGAGAAGAACGGCCGAAUCGACCGGCUGGCGGAGGACGAGGAGCAGUUCAAGAAAACAGAGGCCAAACUCAAGGCGGCGGAAGAAAAGGCAAAGGCCAUGAAGGAGGAGCUGGAGGAGGCACGAAAACGAAAGGAAGAGAGACGAAAGAAGGCCCAGGAGCAAAAGAGUGAAAAGUUACAGGGAAUCUUCCACAAGCUGGAAGGAGAGGAGAUCGGAUCCAUCGUCAACAAGCCUCUCACUUACACGGACGAGGAGAAAGUGGACGGUCAUGUCCAGCCCUACGGACCCAAGAUUGCGCUUUUGUCUGCAUCCAACGGAAAAACGGACAACGAAAUGGCCAUGCUGGAACUGGUGCUACCCAACCGACAGGAGUACUGCAACUACCACGGCUACAUUUGUGCGUUUGUGGAUCUCAACACUGUCGACACCGGUUCGGAUCACGUGGUGUGGGCCAAGAUGGGUGCUAUUCAACGUGUCUUUGACGAACAUCCCGAAGUCGAGUGGGUCUGGUGGAUGGACACUGAUAUCUUCCUCAUGAACCCCGAGAUCGAGCUUGGUGAGCAUCUGCUGAGUGACCGAGCUCUGGUGGAACGACUCACCUACGCUCGUCCUAUUCGAAAGCCCGAUGCCACCUUUGAUGGAGAAGUCUACCCUUCUAAGGACAAUCCUCCCAAGCCCGAGAACCUCAAUCUGCUGUUGACACAGGACUUUUUCGGUAUCAACGCCGGCUCGUUCUUCAUCAAGCGGUCUCCUUGGACAGACAUGUUGCUUGAUCUGUGGUAUGACCCCGUCCACGUGGAGAAGAACUACAUCUUCAAAGAGCAGGAGGCUCUUAACAACCUGAUUCGAGGCCACAAGUCCAUCUUGUCGCACACUGGAAUCUAUCCCCAGCGUCUGUUCAAUUCGUACACUGGUGAGCCCAACGACGUGUGGACCUACAAGGAGGGUGAUCUGGCACUGCAUCUGGCCGGCUGCAACCACAAUAACGACUGUGAGAAGCAUCUGACUGGCUACUUUCCUCAGAGAGUCCGGGUUCCUGAGAAGUACAGGGAGUCUGGACUUAGAGUGGAUUUUGGAAAAAAGAAGGAGGGCAACUAA